AAUGUCACCAUGGAAGCCGGAGGAACUAAAUCGUUUACCCCGGUGGUUCCAAGCUCACAAGCGUUUAAAGAACAAUCAAAUCGAGGCUAGAUUUGCGAAGGACUUCGGUAGAUUUCGAACCCAUGGUGCGAUCAUGGCCGCAUACUAUCGGGCAAGAAGAGAGCAUGGAAAACGUCGUAUAGGUUUGAAACAGAGACUCCAACCCGGUGACUCCCCACCGUCAACGGCCAAUGAACCCGCUCGUGUUGCAAUCCCCAACCGCAUCGAUUCAUUUUCACCCACGUCCAAUUCAGGUCCCCGGCCUUCCGCUUCCUUUCUGGCUCCUCUCAGAAGUCUCAGGAGUCCGGGAAUAUGGAACGGUGGAACCCCUGAGAAGCAGCGUACAAAGUUGUCCCACCGAACCAGACACAUCAAACCAGUAACUCCUCGAGACACGACAGAAAGGGCUUUGUGGGAUGAUUGCUCUUUUAUCAGCGCUUCAGGGACCGGGGUAGAACAAUUCGAUCCAGCGAGUACCGCUGUCCUCAACCCCGAGCAGACCACAAGAGACGGCAGAUCAUCACGAGGAGACCUCCCGUCGAUCCAACCUACCGAUACUCGAGAGGGGAAUAAAUCUAACAGAGACGUCCAGGGAGUGUAUGAUUUAACUGCACCCGCAGUAGCUCCCGAGGCCCGAUCACCAACAAGGAAACGGUUAGGGACUGAUGGACCGAUGAGUGGAAGUCGCUGGAGGAAGGUGCGAGGUGGGAGGGAAGGCCAUGAUCGCUGGAGGCUUUAUAGAAUCGGACGGAACCUGGUGGUCGCAGGGGGAGCCAAAAACGGCUCCCUCAGGAGCGAAAAAAAGGUACGGUAGAGCAACGGAAGAGCCCUGCGCCAGCAUCAUGCGUCGAUGAAUGAGGGAUCAACGGAGUGGCUAGCGCCAGGGCCGGGCGCCUAGGGGAACGGGGGAUGGUGGACGUGGUGGUAGUGGCCGUGGCCGUGGGAUUACCUCCACGUGACGCCAAGCUCGGUGAUCGUUAGAACGACUCGUAAAACGGCGUCGAAGGUAGCCUUUUACGGCCGCCGGCUAACUGUGUCAUCGUUAUAUAGAGUAUAUCGAGGUAAGGCCCUUUAUCUGCACUAGCAACAUCAUUCACUUAGAAGUAGG